AAUCCCUGUCUGGACAAAAAUAUUACUCCUGAAUUUACCGAAUUUCUUCCCUAAUUUGGUUGAAGAUUUUAACAAAAAGUCAUGAAUACGUUGAAGAUGACUAUGCUGAAUCACGCAGCAGUUGAAGCACUGUGUUCAGCCUCGUAUCUUGAGAAUUUUUUGGAUUGUUUGGACUCGCUUCCAGAUGACCUGCAGAGAAAUGUUUCCCAGAUGAGGGAACUGGAUGUCCAGUACAACGACCUUUUGAAAGACAUCGAACACUAUCGCGACAAUUACAAGAAGGAGGCAGAUGCUGUGAUGAAGAAAAGGACGUUGCAUCAGAUUCAAAGGGCGCUACUGAAGUGUCAAGAACUGGGUGAUGAGAAACUUCAAGUCGUCUCGCAGAUUAUUGAAAACAUUGAAAACCGUAGUCGCCAAUUGGAACAAGAUCUGGAAAACUUGGACCCUGCAGCAAAUAAAGAUAUAGCAGAGCCGCAAGAGAAACACGAGAAAGAAGUCAAAGAAACUACGCCAGUCGUAGUACCCCCAGUUACUACGCCCAUCGCGACGCACGUUGCAGCCGUGAAAGCGGUAAAAGAAGUCGUUGACAAGCAGGAGAGGCCUGGACACAAGCGCCAGAGACGCCAGAGGACACAUCAUGAUAGUGUAGCGAAAGAGGAAGAGAAAAAGACGAGCAAGGAUGAGAAGGACAAGCCAAAGAAAAAGAAGAAAAGGAAAACGAAGAAGGAAAAAGAAGGCGGUCAGUCUCCAACGGAAGUGCCAAUCGAUCCUGAUGAACCAACAUACUGCCUUUGUGAACAGGUGUCUUACGGUGAGAUGAUAGGAUGCGACAAUGACAACUGCCCAAUCGAAUGGUUCCAUUUCAACUGCGUGGGACUCACAAACAAACCAAAAGGUAGAUGGUACUGCCCUAAAUGUCGUGGUGAUCGACCGAAUAUGAAGCGACCUGACUUGAAGUGAUCAGUGACACUGGCAUUUAACUUUAGGCCACACCAAGUUUAAAGUUGUUUGGAGAGUGGGCCAAUUUUCUAUGAGUAUUGAAUUGGUGUGGCCUUUGGGGUGACAUUUUUGGUUGUUUUCAAUAUGGUUGCAAAGAUCUUCUCAUAUUGCAUUUAGCUGGUGCACCUGGAUUGUGCUUCAACUGGUGCCAAGGAUGUGACGUAAUGUCUUGGGAACGAGAUUAUUUGUGCCUCGGCCCCUGGUACUUGGUUUAUCAAGUGUAGAUUACUAAUUACUUGUGUCAAUCACAUUGAAAUGUUGGAGUAAAUCCGAUGGAAGGUCGUGAGAUGGCAGUGGCUGUCAGUUUUCUGUGGGUGUCGAAGGUUUGUUAGACCAUGUUUCGGGCACCUCAUUGUGUCUAUAACGAAUUCCAUCAUAAAAUCUAUGAUGUUGUUUCAACAAUAGAAUCUAUGACGGGCCAUCAUAGAAUCUGUGACAGGCCAUUAGAGAAUCUAUGACAGGCCAUUAUAGAAUCUAUGACAGGCCAUCAUAGAAUCUAUGCUGGGCCAUCAUAGAAUCUAUGACAGGCCAUUAUAGAAUCUCUGACAGGCCAUCAUAGAAUAUGAUGACGGGCCAUCAUUGAAUCUAUGCUGGACCAUCAUAGAAUCUAUAACAGGCCAUUGAUGGGCCAUCAUAGAAUCUAUGACAGGCCACCAUAGAAUCUAUGACAGGCCACCAUAGAAUCUAUGACAGGCCAUUGAUGGGCCAUCCUAGAAUCUAUGACGGGUCAUCAUGGAAUCUAUGACGGGCCAUUAUAGAAUCUCUGAUGAUUGAUGUCCGACAUAGAUUCUAUGUUGGAAACUUUUGCCUGUGUAAUCGAUCUGAUGUACUUUGUAACAGGAUUUCUUUGUUAACAUUGCAUUUUCAAUUCAAUAUUAAAAUUUGAUUAGGCGAAAAAUAAAGAUUCGCAUUGCAAUUCCCUCUGUGAGGGUUAAGUUACAUAAAUAUUCUCUCUUUUGUUUAAAAGUAUGGUAAGUGGUCAAAUUAGGUUCUGUCUCACAAAUAACACUGCCAUAUAGUUUGUCGUAAAUUUUUGCUAGAAGUGAAAUUUAGAGUUGUUCAGAUGGAACAGUUCCUCUUUAAUGCGGGAGACCUUGUUCAGCGCAAUGCUGGGAGGUCUUCUAUUUUAAGUCCUAUACUCUCUUCAUUUAGUCUUCACCCUGGCGAAUCCUUUCCUAACCGUGCCGAGAACCAAGCAGGCCUUCGAACUUGCCGAACUGGCCUGUCCUGGCGAAAGAAACGAGUCUUUCGGUAAUGUUAAAAAAACCAUAUUGUUGGAGUCUUUUCAAAGAAAUGGUGUUGUGUUCAUCAGGUAAUACGGUUGGUGAAGUGUGAUUUGCAUCACAUUAUAUAGAGAGAACAAUGCGUUGAAUAUUCGUCCUCUUGAUAGCAAACCCCAGGGGAGGGGAGGGGGUCACUCCCACAGAAGGGGUGCUUGCUAUGCACAUCACCUGCAGCAAGGGCUGGUAAAAAUCAAACUUCAAAGAGAUUUUAUCAACAACUUGUGCUCAGGAGCCAAGAACAUAAAGUAAAAGACUAAAUGAAUGGAAGAAUAGCUUUAUCAAUGAUAAUUUUGGUUUCACGUGUUGGAACGGUUACAAUUUUCAUUUUGAUCUGAGGAUUAUUUUUAGGAAUUUCUUCUAGAUUGUCCGAAAAGUGGGAUCGGAAGUUUUGUACAUAUUGAUUAUGUAUCUCAAAAUGAGUCAAAUAUAUUUAAAUAUUAUAUGA